AGUUCACUUUACGUUCCCUUCUGUGAAUGUCCUUUCUCUGUACAAUAUAAUUCCUUCUUACCUAACCAUUCUACCCGCCCAAUUUGUGAUUUUUUUGUACGUUUAUUUCCCCUUUUUUGCCUCUUUGUGGAGAAGUUUUGGUGGUGCCAAAAAAAGGGCCCUUCUAAGUUCUAUAUAAAUCAAUUUGUUCGCGACAUGAAGGGAAAAUAAAUUAAAUUGAUUGAAAAAAAAAAUUAGUGGUUGUGAAUGAAAGACUUUUACAAAUUAAGGGGCACGUGAGUUGAGGUAAAAAAGGUUCUAAUUUCGCAGCGAUUUCUUUAUAUUUUUACUGAUCAUUUCUUAAAUUAGAUUUUGUGAUUUAUUUUUGUCACAUUUUUGAGAAUUUUUUGGAGACAUUGAAUUGAAAUUUUAAUAAAAUAUUUGAAGAAGAACUUCGUAGUAAUAGGGGAGAAACGGGCAGAGUGAGUUUAUUUGAAAAAAAUUGUUUUUGGAAUAAUUCUUUUUGUCGGUAGUUUUGGCAAAACUGAAGGUUUUAUUUUACAAAAAAUAAAUUUGUUUACCUUUUUUCUGACUGAAUUUUGGCGGUCGUUCCAAUGUUGUGUCCAGUGUUAUAGGAGCCUUUUCAACGACUUCAUUUCUAAAAAUCGGACAAGCGGUUUAGCCGGCAAACAGCUAUCUUCACGUGAGGACGCCGUGAAGAUACACUCCCUUAUUCAUCACCAACUGUCUUCAGACAUAUUCCGCGACAUGAUAAAAUACGCAUGAGCUCUUUUGUAUCAAAAAUCCGCGGAGGAACAUUUACGUGAGCACGAGUGUGACCAAAUGGCCGAAUCAGAUGCCAACAAUGAGUCAAACCCACCAGCAGCGGUUGAUGGCGAGGUGGACGCUGAGGCACGCGAACGCGAGAAUUAUGCCCGUAGGGAGGUAGCAGCAGAGUGGCAGGUCCCCUUGGGGGGUCGUGUGUACAACGUUGAAUUCGAACAUGGGACUGCGAGUGGGAAACGCGUCCUUUGGGUGGAUCAACGUGAAAUUCUUCGGCGUGAUUGGAUGUUUAAGCUCGUCGGGGAGGAUUCCUUUCACCUCGAUGGCGUUCGGUGUAUUCUACGUGUGGAUCCAGCACCUGGGUUCAAGUACACCUACACCCUCUUUGUGGGCGGACAAGCCUUUGAGCAAUUCACGGAGCGUCAAGCAAGAGCCCUCAAAGCGUGGGAAAUUACAGUUCGCGAGAAAUUCUAUCGAGUUGUUUUAGAGAAAGACACCCUCAACGUGUACCUGAAUGGUCGUUUGCGCGAAGAAGUUGGUGAAUUCGUUGAUGGUGGUGCUGAUACAACAUUUCAAGCCGAUGGGAACACCUUCAUCCUCCACAGUCGCAGUAGUGGCAACAAACGCACCGGAAUCGUUCACAGCGUCACUGUAAAUGGUGCCCCCGUGCCCGAAGUGGAAAUCAAGUGAAGAUGGAACUCCUUCCCAACACAUCCGGCUCGUUGCGAAGGGUUAACCCCAACCCCUAUCACACGUAGUCGAGACACACUGCUCCCAAAGCAAGCAGUGGAGACACCGUGUGCGCGCGCUUUCGAAUAAAAGAAGAAAAGAAAUUUUCUUUUUGAUUUUUUCUCAAUGUUUUUUUCAUUGUUGUUUAAUUCUCAUGCUAUUUGUUUUUGUUUUCUUCUUCAUCAAUAUUGUAUUUUAUCAUUUUAAUAUUUUUUCUCAUUUUUUUUCUUGCAAUACAAACCAUUUGAUUAAUCAUCGAUAAAUUUAUAUUAUUUUCUAUUUUUUUUUAAAAAAGGAGAAAUAUUUAUAUAUUCUUUAAAAGGGAAAAAAAACUUUAAUAUAAAUUUGAUAAAAUAGAAAAUUGUGAAUAAAGAUCUCAACUUUUUAUUAGGUUAAUGUCUAAAAUAAAAAUCCUUUGAUUUUCUUUUCAUUAAAUGUGAAUUUAAAAAUUGAAAAAGAGAAAAAGGAUUUUCAUAAAUUGGGAAAUAUAUAAUAUUAGUUUUUUUUCUUAGAAAUUUUAGAGGAGUUUUUCUUUUGCAUUUUUCAACUGUAAAUAAUGUUUUACUUUUUUUUUCAUCUCCAAAAGGAUGGAGUUUUUAAUAAAUUCAUAACAUUUUGUUUUUUCACUAAUAUAUCUCUUCGUCUUUUUUUCUGUUUUGUUAAUAAGUGGAAAGUUUUUUUUUCAUCUCUUCUCAUUUCAAUAAUAUAUAAGAGGCUAUUUUUUAUAUUGUUUUUUCUUCAAAAAUUUUUUCAAUAGAAGAAAGAAAAUACUGUGAAUAUUUUUCAAUUUGUGGUUGUUAAUUGUUUUUUUUUCUUUUCAUCUCAAUAUUUAAAACAUUAUAGAAAUUCACUUUUUUUCUAAUAUAUAUUUUUUAUAUUACAUUAUUUAACACCCUUUCACAAUUUGCAAAAUUCAAAAAAUAUGACGUUGAAAAGGUUAAAGAAAAAACUUUGUAAAAGAAAAACAAUUCAAACACAAAAAAUGGGAAUACUUUUAAUACUUUUUUUUUGUCUUUUUUAUGUAAAUAUUUUUGAGAUAAUAAAAAUAUUUCUAAUUGAAAAAAAA